AUGGACUUAAACUUAGACCCUCCGCCAGAAGAUCCUAAUUAUAUUCCAGGAGGAUCUGAAUCGGGAGCUACCACGGGCAUUGUCCCUAGGAAUACGGGGUCUUGUCUGGGAGCCGCUGCAUUUCAUGAUGGGGUUACUGAUGACGUGGUCGCCGCUGCUUUUCGCGAUCGGGUUACGGAUGACGGAGGCGACGCGGCGCAUCCAUCGACAGCUGAUCAUAAUCACCAUUAUCCCGGACGCGAACGGCUCGAUGAUUUGCAACCUCCCUUAAUCUACCGCCGAGGCCAGGCACACCCGGUCGCGGAUAGAUCGCAGCCGUUCGACGGCGGUAUAGACGACGCUCCUUUAAACCACGCUCUGGUAAACGACGGUGCUGACGCUGUUGGUGUCAAGGGUUCUCCUCGCGACGAUGCCGCCGCUUCUCCUGACCGCACCUUGAUGCGAAGCGCUCCGCCGUGUUCGGGUGAGGACUCCGCGGGAACAAAUUCCGCGGGGGCGGACUCCGGGGAGUCAGACUCUGCGGGAGCGGAGCGCGCAGAAGCAGAGUGCGCGGGUUUCGACGUCGCGCAUCAGCCGUGCGCGCGUGAAAUGGCUUUUGAGUUAAGGAGAAGCGCCGUUCGGAGCUCGUCCGACUCGCGCGGUACAGCAGCGCGCGCGUGGAGGGGGAGCGGGUACUUCUCGGUGCUGCCCGACAACCUGUGCGGCAAGAUCGCGUCGUUCAUCGUGCACGCCAAGAGCCUCGUCGCCUUCCGCUCCACCUGUUCGUACCUCCGGCGUGUGGUGCGGGUGGGCGGAGCGCUGGUGUUUCUGGGGGAAGAUUUCCCCCACAGGGAAGCAGCGGAGAGGGGCAUCACACAGGCGCUGCUGCAGGCCACGGCCGCCGUCACCUCGCUCUACGUUGAAGCUCCGCCUGCCUCUGACCCCUUCCAAGACCUAGCAGUGAUGACGUGGUGUCUGGCAUGCCGCAGCACUCUCGAGGAGCUCACUCUUGUUGACGGCACAGCAGACGCCGCCACACGCCGCGCCCAGGCGCUUGCUGCUGCCAUCGCUGUAGGGCACUGCCGAGCUAGCGGUGAUGACGUGGUGUCUGGCAUGCCCAACGGCGGGGGCGGCGGCGGUGGUGGUGGUGGCAGGAGUGGUGGUGGUGCUGCUGCUGUCACUGCUGCCACACUCCCAUCACCCUACCACACCAACUUCUACCGUGCAAACGAGCAGGCGUCGGCAGCCGAGGAGGAGGAAGAGGAGGUGGAGGAGCAGCCGCAGGAGUGGAAGCUGGAGCAUGCAUCACGCUGCCGCAACCUGCGCCAACUCUACCUCGAGAACGCCGUCUUCGACUGCGUCUCCACGCUCCACCUCUGCUCGCCCUUCGCCUCACUCCUCCACUUAACCCUCGCCAAGGCCGUGGUAGCGGGGGACAUGGUGGGGGAUUUGUUGGCGUGCUGCCCGCAGUUGCAGGAGCUGACGCUGCUGCUGUGCUCGGGGAUCGGCCCGCUUGACUUGAUGCAUGCGCCGUGUGCUGCGCUGAAGAGGUUUGAAGUCAGAUUGAGUAACCGCGCUGCCAGGAAGGACGCCUGCUUGGAGCUGCUCCGGCUGAAUGCUCCCAACCUCGAGGAUCUAGAGUUGGAGGUGGACUGGGCACCGGAGGGGCGGUUGGAGCACGAGCUGUGGGGCGACAUUCGCAUCGAGUCGGGGCGGCUGAGGCGCAUGUCUCUGGAGCUCGCUGCUGGCUUCCAGUUCCACGCCAACCCUGACGCCUUUAGUCAACUCACCGAGCUCAAGUUGACAGGCGACGACUGGAGUUGGGGCACAGUGCGAGCCAUCCUUGAUCUCUGUGCGCUCUCCCUGGAGGAGCUGUCCCUCACGUGCUACAUCGACCCGCUCACAGCGGCCUCCAUCGAUACUGCAUCGGCCUUCUUCUCCUCGCUGCCCUCGCUGCGCUUCCUGCUGCUCUGCUCCUCCGUCUACUACGUUAUGAUCGCCAUGCUAGGGGAUACAAAAGUCAUCAGGGUACGUGUGUGCCAUGCUGGGGAACACUAUAGUCAUUCGGGCGCCCAGCCUAGAGGAGUUCCACGUGGAGUACCACGAUCACGCCAUGGCGGUCAUCUCAUUCCUCACAGCCACCACCGCACUCUACCGCGUCCCCGUUCCCCCCCCCCCACACUCCAGGCGCCCAGCCUAGAAGAAUUUCACGUGGAGUAUCAUGAUCACGCCAUGGCAGUCAUCGCCUUCCUCACCGCGCUCCUGAGGGGCAGCCCCCGCCUGCGGUGCAUACAGCCCAUGGUCACCGUGCCACAGGAGCCGGGGACCGACCUGCUGGGAGACAAGGACUUCCGCCAGGCCAUCGCCCGACUGCAGGCUGAGUUCCCCCGUGUCUCCUUCCCGUCUAUCUGGCAACUGACCUGA